ACAAUUCCUGCUAGAGGCUUCUUUACUUUCCAAAGACAUCUGUGGGCGUUUCUUUUUUUCCUGAAAUCCAAAUAUAGCCCAUGUAUUUUCAACUUGAACCACCAGGCUGUGCCCACACAAACUUCAUUUGCUUUUAAAUAUUCUUUAACCAAUUUUGGGAUAAAUUUUUCCAUCCGUGAUCUCAUAGUUUCAGUUUUUCCUUUGAAGGGGAUCAAAGCAGGAAAGGCUCUCUGCUUCUGCCUCUCACCUGCCGUUCAGAAUGAUCAAUUUGCUUAAGAAGCCUUACAAGAAAAAAGCAAGCAAGUUCCAGCCUUUUAAGAAGUUUUUUGGUAGGAGGAAAAAACGGGAGGCGACCCCAGACCAAGAGGACACCAAGCUGAAACCAAGCAGUUCCUUUGGAAAUGUCUGCAAUGGACUGUCUUCUGAUGAAGAGACAAACAGUGGUCUGAGGUCUUCCAAUCAUAGUAUGGGAACACGGGCCUUUUCCCAUGAGAGUAUUUUUAUACCUGAUGGGCGAACAGAGAGUGAAGAGUCUCUUCAAGCAAUGUCACAAGAAAACAUCCUAGGCAAAGUCAAAACCCUUCAGCAACAGUUGGCUAAGAAUAUUAAAUUUGGCCAACCUUCACAAGUGACUGUUUCAGUGAAGACAGUUGGGGAAGCAAACGCUAGUUUGGAAGCAGAUGUGCUACUCAGUAGCCCCAUGGAGACUGAGGCACAGCAGGACAUCGUUCUUCCAGAGAGCAAUAAUAAAUCAGGUGGCACACCCGAUUCAUUAAGCCCAGCAAGUUUGCGUGGAACAAGGCAGGAAGUGGAAGAUAAGGUUACACCGGUCAAAUCAUCAUCGCGGCCGAAAAGGCAUCACUCACCUUCUGGCACAAUUGAAACGGUUAACCUUGAUGCAAUUCCCCUGGCAAUUGCCCGCCUGGACAACAGUGCAGCAAAGCACAAACUCUCUGUUAAGCCAAAGAAUCAGAGGGUUUCCAAAAAGCACAGGUUAUCACAGGAGAUGCAAAGUGUGGCAGUAGCAGAGGUUGAACAAGAAAUCCUAGAACCACAGUUGUAUGAAGAUAAGAUCUCCAAACAUGAUGGCUACCAUGUUGCAGACAAGCCUAUUCAGCAUAGGGAAAGACAAGAACAGAAGGAGGGCAAAAGAAAGCUAGAACAUUGCUGGAGAAACUUGGAAACUGAGAAGAAAGUAGAAAUGGGUGAAGCAGAGGUAAAAAGCCACACGGAACACAAAAGACUUCAAGAAUGCCAAAGGGAAAAAGAAGGGAAAAAACAGAAGCUUCAGGAGGAAGAGCAGCUUUUGAAGAUGGAAGAGAGAAAGGCUCAAGAGGGGAAGAAAAGUCUUGAAAAACGGAGGCAUCAAGAAUUUCAGAUGCAGAGGCACAAAGGACUGGAAGAGCAGAGAAGGAAUGAAGAGGGCCUUCAUGAACCAGAGGAACAAAUGCAACAAGAAAAAGGAAAGCAGCAUGAACUAAAGGAACAAAAGCAAAGGCAACUGGAAGAGCAAAGGCAUCAGGAACUGGAGGCUCAAAGGCAACUGGAAGAGCAAAGGCAUCAGGAACUGGAGGCACAAAGGCAACUGGAAGAGCAAAGGCAUCAGGAACUGGAGGCUCAAAGGCAACUGGAAGAGCAAAGACAUCAGGAACUGGAGGCUCAAAGACAACUGGAAGAGCAAAGACAUCAGGAACUGGAGGCUCAAAGACAACUGGAAGAGCAAAGGCAUCAGGAACUGGAGGCUCAAAGACAACUGGAAGAGCAAAGGCAUCAGGAACUGGUGGCGCAAAGGCAACUGGAAGAGCAAAGGCAUCAGGAACUGAAGGCGCAAAGGCAACUGGAAGAGCAAAGGCAGCAGGAACUGAAGGCGCAAAGGCAACUGGAAGAGCAAAGGCAUCAGGAACUGAAGGCGCAAAGGCAACUGGAAGAGCAAAGGCAGCAGGAACUGAAGGCGCAAAGGCAACUGGAAGAGCAAAGGCAGCAGGAACUGAAGGCACAAAGGCAACUGGAAGAGCAAAGGCAUCAGGAACUGGAGGCACAAAGGCAACAGGAAGAGCAAAGGCAUCAGGAACUGGAGGCGCAAAGGCAACUGGAAGAGCAAAGGCAUCGAGAACUAGAAGCACAAAGGCAACUGGAAGAGCAAAGACACCGAGAACUGGAGAUGCAAAGGCAACUGGAAGAGCAAAAGUGUCAAGAACUGGUGAUUGAAAGGCAAAGGCAAGAGGAAGAGCAAAGACAUCGAGAACUGGAAGAACAAAAAUGGCAGGAACUGAAGGAUCAAGAAGAAGUAGAAGAAAAGAGACACAGAGAAUUAGAGGCAAAGCAACAACAUAAAAAGCUCUUUCAGCAAGGGUGGAAAGACAGGCAAGAACAGGGGAAGCAAAAAUGGCAGGAAGAAAAACAAGGGCAUCAGAAUUUAGGACAGAGAGCGCAAGGACUGGAAGAGCAAAUGAAUGAGGCUGAAAAGCAGGAUGAACUGAAACAGGAAGUACUUCAAGUGCAAAAAAGUCAAACAGACCUGCGACAAAAAGAUCUAGAGAAAAAAAGGAAUCUAGAAGGUGAAGAAAGGUUGCAAGGGAAGCUUGAAAAGCAAAAGAGACCAGAAGAACUACCACAGAAUCUAAAGGAGAAAAUGAAUAAGGACAAACAAGAUCAGCAAGAACUGGAUAAACCAAUUAGAUCAGCAGCAGAACACAAAAGAUGUGAACCACAGCCAUGGCCUGAGAAGAGGAUGCAACAGGAAGAGUUGAUAGAGAGGGAAGGAGGACGAAAGCUGGAAGAACAGAAAUCCCCUAGUUUAGAAGGACAAAGACCACUGGAAAAGCCAAAAGAACAAGACAAAUCCUUCCCGUUGCAACUGGACAAAAAUAUUCAUUUGGAAGAGCAACAUUUGGAAAGCCCUGAGAAAGAUCUUCCACUUACAGAAACUAGCCAGCAAAUGAUAAAGCAGCCAGACAAAGAGCAGAAGGAAGAAGAAACUCUAAGGCACCAUCAGAAAAGGAACAUUGAAGCUCAAGAGCAGGAAAGAAUCUUAGGUGAGGAGCUACGAUGGCAGGAAGUUGACGCGAGGCAAAGUAUGCCCAGGGGAUUUACCUUCCAAGUAUCCUCUGGAGAAAAGCAAAUUAUAUUUCCGAAAGUAAAUCUGAGCCCAGUUACGCCUGUCAAAGAGGCACCAACUCCUUCAGCUGCAAAAGAAUUGAUGACUCCUAAAUCCAGCAAAGGUUCUCACGGUCCCCCGACUUCUUUGUGUGUCCCCCAUACAGCAAUUUUGGUCACUGGAGCACAGCUCUGUGGAACUGCGGUCAACCUCAAUCAGAUAAAAGAUACAGCUUGCAAAUCUCUACUUGGCUUAACAGAAGAAAGAAAAACGAUGGACGCACGUAGAACGUCACCAGAUGCGAAGCGUAGGAAUAGUAAAAUGAAAUAUGCCCAAGAGCCGUUGGGCAACCAAGCCAUCCCAGCUGAGUGGGCUUCUAUUAGGUCAAAAAUCUUAAAAAGUGCAGAAAAUGGCAAGCACAAUGAGAGAGACAAAGGAAGCCUCAGUAGGCAUAGCGAUGAUUGGACACCCAAAGGACAAAGCACUUCCCACGGUAAUUUGCGCAAGACCUUAUCUGCAAGCGCAAAGUUUUCUAUAACUCCUGCUUGGCAGAAGUUUUCGGAAAUCUCAAAGGCUAAUGCAAGCGCUGAGAGUAAAGUUGGCCUUGAAGCAGAAAAGCCAGCCAAGCAGUUGGGUCCACCCACAGUCCAUUCAACCCAAGAGACGGUUCAUACCGAGGCACUUUCAGCUGCAGGGAAUAAUCUUGGAACACCUGCAGGAAAUACUGAAAUACAUCACGAAGUGGCAGGCAACACCGAGGGUUGUAAAUUUGCCAAAGAUCUCCCAUCUUUCCUCGUUCCAGGCGUCUCGCAUUCUGUAAGUAAGGAAGUAGCCCAGUCGGAAAGUGCAGCAGCUGCUACGGAAACACAGCAGAAAGUUGGUACGAGGAAACUGGACAGCGCUUCCCCAAAUGGAGAAGAAAAUGUGUCCCCAUUUGGGGUGAAAUUAAGGAGGACCAACUAUUCCUUGCGCUUUCACUAUGAUCAGCAAGCUGAGCAGAAGAAGAAGAAAAGGUACAGCGCAGGAGACAGUUUUGACGGUGUGCCCACCCCGCUGGUUACGCCUGACAACGAGAAAGGUGCAAAUGAUAUGUUUUUAAAAGAGAACAAAUCCCCAAGCCAAGACAGAAAGGAUGUCAUGGUUAAUUCCGUGAAGAACUCCUCAGCUAAUAUUAAUCAGAAUUAUACAACAGCUGCCCCGGUAUCUCUCGCAGCUAGCAGUCACGUGUCUGCACCUAGUCAAGAGAAACCCACCUGCAAAUCACCCCUCCUGCAGAAACCUGCAUUGGCUCCAAAGCCCACCAGCCAAACUCCGCCAUCAUCCCCUCUCUCUAAAAUGCGCAGGUCUCACUUAACCGAAUCCACGGGGCAAAGGGUGGGUAAAACUGAGCCUGACACCACCUGGAGAAAAACGGAAGCUAAAGGGAGCUCUCUGCUUUCACAAGCCCACGAGGCAAGCAAGGGGGAAGAGGAAGAGUCCAGGGAGAAGAGGUCGUUUUUCCCAUCCAUCACCAUGCCAUGGAGAGAGAGAACGGAGAAGAAGCCAGAGGCAUUGAAAAAAGAAAGGCCGGUUCUUCAGAGCAGGCAUUCCAUAGACGGCUCCAAGCUGAUUGAAAAAGUUGAAACCGCACAGCCGCUCUGGAUCACGUUGGCUCUGCAAAAGCAGAAGGGCUUUCGAGAGCAGCAGGCAACCAGAGAGGAAAGGAGACAAGCCAGGGAGGCAAAGCAAGCUGAGAAACUUGCUAAAGAAAAUGCCAGUAUCAGCAGUCACGCAGAUACUAAAAGCAGCAGCAGCAGAACUAGUACACUGCCUAGACCUGCAGCCCAGGAAGAGGAGAAGAAAGCUGAGACUCCUCUGUCAAGGUUUGAACGCAGAGAACAGCUUAAAAAAUCAAACACCCUUCCUACAUCUGUGACAGUGGAGAUCUCUGAUUCUCUUCCACCGUCACCCUUGACUAAAGAAGUCACCAAGAGAUUCUCCACGCCAGAAGCUAAUCCGGUGUCGACAGAACCUGCCUGGCUGGCCUUAGCCAAGAGGAAAGCAAAAGCCUGGAGUGACUGUCCCCAAAUCAUUAAGUAAACAAUACUGGUUUUGCUCUUUUUCUGUUGUUUAUUAAUUGCUCUCUCCUCUUUAUUUGUAUUUUCACAUGACAGAACCAAUUGGGACAAAAAUAAGCGCAUAUCCUGAAGGAUGAAGAACAUUUUUAACAGUUUUACCCGUUUUUUCCUGGCUCACUGCAGAUUUCAGCUACAUUUUAGAAUCUUUUGCAUCAAAAAUCUAGGGACUAUGGAAUAGAGGUUUAGGCACAAAGCUCAAGUUUCAUCUCUCUCGAAAGCAUAUGGAUGUUAUGUGUUACAGGUUCAUAUCACUUUAAGGAUCGGUGCCGAAAUGUUCCUGAAUUUUGGCUCUGAUGGUAUGGAUUUCCAUUUGUGUUUUUUUAAAAAAAUAUGUUGCUGCAAAGCAGAUAUUCCAGCCACUUAAGCUGCUAAAAUGAAUGUAAUGCACAUGUUGUUUCCACUUUUGAAUAGAGAAAGUAAUACCAUUUACUGAUAAAUUCAGUAUUUUGUUUUAAAAAGCUUAAUUGUGACAAAAAUUGCCUUUAUCAGCUGCUUCUAACUGGAAAUAUAUAUAAAUAAUUAACAUGCUGAAACAGGGUGGCAUCAAAUAUGCAUUUUCCUGCAAUGAUUCUCCAAACCAUGCAGAAGCUCUCAUGCAAAAUCCAUGACAAUAUUUUCACUGCCGUUGUGUGCAGAAGUAAGCUAUCCUGGUAAUAAGCUACACACCUCCAUCUUUCAGUGAUUGGUAGCACGGCACAGAUAAUAGGAUUAAAAGCACAUGUGAAGGCAGUACGACCACAAACACUAAUCUUUCAAAUUAUACAUGAUUUAAAUAUUAUACAAAAACCCACUUGAUUUAAAUAUUAUACAAAAACCCACUUAGCCAUGUACUGUAACUAUCCCUAUGCCUAAAUGGUUGCAUAUUAGGAACCCAAAAUAUUAACAAAAGGAGACAUGAUUCCAGCUUUGUGAAAAUGGGGAAUUUUUGAACAGCAGGAACUAGACUGUUUGGACUUCGUUCUUAUGGACCUUAGAUUGCAUAUUCUCAGGAAAAUAAUUGUUUUCUGUACUUAAUUAGCACUUUGAUUUUCAACACCUGUGCCGGCAUAUCUGCAUGUUACGCUGGCAAGAACAUGACUUCAGCACUUUUGUUAAUGGCAUGUUUUAAAAAUAUGUAGUUACUGUUAGAUACUCAGUACAGGAAGUCGUAGAGCAGACUUCAGAUUGUAAAUCUGGCUGAAGAACAUUGCAGGGAUAAGUGUAAUUUAUUUGCAUGUAAGUCUUACUCCCCUUUAAAUCUUUUUAUCUCUAAAAUGUGGAGGAAACAGUGAUGUGUUUUUAUGGUUACUUUUAAAAUUGCUUCAAAUUCAAGGAUCACCAAAUAGGUCUACAAGGUAUGGAAUUCAGAUUGUU